CGGAAGUGCCUGGUUUGGGCUUGCUCUCGCUCUACCAACUUCCGGGCCGGGACUCCUACCUGAAGCUAGUGCGCAGACCGCUCCGCGUUGAGCGCAGCUGAUCAGGAUGAUCACAGACGUGCAGCUCGCCAUCUUCGCCAACAUGCUGGGCGUGUCGCUCUUCCUGCUUGUGGUUCUCUAUCACUACGUGGCCGUCAACAAUCCCAAGAAGCAGGAAUGAAAGUGGCGCUUUCUCCGCCCCAGGGUUCCAGGACAUAGUCUGAGGCAAGAUGGAGGGUGUGAGGGGCCUUCACACUUCACUUCAUCCCUCUACCCAUCACAACAUACAAAGCAACUACACCUGGAUUUUUCCAAACAACUUUUAUUUCCUCAAAGUCUUCCUUAACUAUGGAACAAGAAGCUGCCACUGAGUAGGGCCCAGUAUAGGGGCUUUCUUUUCUACUCCCUCCCCCCAAUAUAAAAAUAUAGAUAUAUA